UUAAAAAUCCCCUUCCUGUUUGCUCAGCCAGGUGUGGAGUGCAAUCAAUCAAUCAAUCAAUCAGCGACCAUGCCUCCACGCCCCAGACGAGCCCCAGCAUGGAACAGUUCCGAGCUGCAGGACCUCAUCAGUGUUUGGGGUGAGGAAGCUGUGCAAGCACAGUUGCGCUCCAGCCGGAGAAAUUAUGAUACCUAUGGGCAGAUAUCACAGUCCUUGCUGAUAAGGGGCCAUGAACAGGACGCGUUGCAGUGCACGGUAAAAAUUAAGGAGCUGUGCAGUGCUUACUGCAAAGCCCGUGAGGGAAAUCGCCGCUCAGGAGCUGCCCCCACGACCUGCCGUUUUUACAAGGAGCUGGAUGCCAUACUUGGGUGUGACCCCACUGCCAAUCCUAGGAGCACGAUGGAGACUUCAGAGCAGGGAGAAGUGGGGAGUCAGGCUACUGAGGUGGAGGGAGACACCCCGGAGUCCCAGGAGGCAUGCAGCCAGGAGCUUUUCUCAAGCCAGGAGGAGGCUAGCCAGUCGCAGCAGCUGGAAGUUGCUGGUGAGGAAGAAGCAGAGGAGCAUGCUCGGGUGACCUUGACUAAUGCAGCCGGAUCACCGGCCUCACGUCGCUUGCAGAACUUGAGAAAAAAUCCACGAAAAUCAAAAGAGGAAUUGAUCAAAGCAGUUAUGAAUCACUACAACAGAGAAAGUAGGAAGACGCAGGAAUGGAGAGAGAAAAUGUAUGAGUGGAGGCAAACAGGAAGCAGGAGAAAGGAAUUGGCUACCAAAAAAACCUCAAAGCACAUGAUAAGCCUCCUGGCUCGCCAAACUGACUCUUUCGAGUCUCUCGUAGCCAUGCAGGCAGAUCUGUACCGUGGUAACCCACAACCCUCCCAAAGCUCUCUUUCUUGUUCCCCAGUAUUUGCACAAAACACCUUUCUCCAGCAGCCAGUUUCUUAUUACCCCUAGCUGCCCUCAACACCUGUACGAUCACCUACCAGCCCUGAUAACUACAAUCCUUACCCUGUGCACUCCACCCCCAUUACUCUGCAGCAUAGUAAUCCUGAAGUGCAGCAGACAUUGAACAGUAAU